UUCAUCGUCAACCCACUAUAUACCAUCAUCAUCAUCAUCACCACCACCACUUCUACCAUCAACAUCACAAUCACCACCACAAACCACAGAGACUCACUACCCUUGCUACGAUUAUUAUCUCAUUUACUAACGGGGGUUGAACGCAUGCUCUACAACAUAUUCUGUCACUUCGUUCUCAACUAUCAACAAGAUAACAAAAUUUUUAUUUUAACGUGUUUUUAUUUUCUCGUUCAAUUUAUUUAUAUAAAUAUAUAAAGUUUUUUUUUUUUCUUUUCUUUCUCUGUUUAAAUAAAUGUAAUUUUUAUCGCGUGAAGAAAUAAGUGAAGCACGUGGUGAGUGGUGAUUUAAUACAUAUUUUUUUCUAUAAAAAUAGUUGUUGGUUGACUGUAAAAGAACACAUGAUCUUUGAAAUUAAUUAAGAUGACGACAACAACUGGUGAUCCAUCAAGUUUAAAAACUCCAUCAACAUUAUCUGGUGGUGAUUUAGUAUCACGUUUAUUAGCAGCAACACCACCGUAUUUAUACAAUCUACCAAUGACACCACACAGUUUUUAUUUUAGUGAAAUGUUACGUUCAUUUGUACAAGCUAAAAGUGAUACAACAACAUCAACAUCAACACCAAUACCAACAACAACAUCAUCAUCAUCAUCAUCAUUUACAACAAAUGGCAUAACAUCAUUAUCAUCAGCAGCAUCAACAUCACCACCAGGACCAAGCCGUCGGCGUAAACGUACAUGGCGUGAUACACGUGAUCGUCCACUUGAAUUAACAACUAAAGAAAAAUAUCAUAAUAGUAAUAAUAAUAAUAAUCUUCAUCAAAAUCAUCAUAUACAAAAUUUAAAUAUAACAAAUGAUAAAUAUUUUCAUCAUGAUACAAUUGAUAAUAAUAAAUGUAAUAAUAAUGAUUGUAAAACACAAAUAUAUGAUGGUAAAAUAAAUUAUACAACAUCUGAUGUAUUAAAACAAGUUGAUGAUAAUCGUAAUGAUUUUACAAAACAAUCACGUAAUUUUUAUGAUGAUUCAUCACGUUUAUUUGGUAGUGAACAAACAAAUCAACAUGAUUUAUUUGAUAAUAAAAUAAAAAUUGAUGAUGAUAAUACAAAUGAACGUAAAUUAAAUGAUGAACAUUUAAAAUUAAAUCAUGAUAUAUUAUAUAAUGAACAAAAAACUAAAAUUGAUUAUUCAACAAGAAAUUAUACAACAACAACAACAAUACCAACAAUACCUGCAAUUGGUGAUCAUAAUAAUAUUAAUAAAAAUUUUAAUAUUGGACAAAAUAUACAAAAUCCAUCUGAAUUUAUGCCAAAUCCACUUUGGUAUCCACCGUAUCCAAUUCCACAAUCAUAUCCAGGAAUUGAUCCGUUACAUUUUUUUAUUGAUUUACGUGUAUCUGGACAUAUUUGGGAUCGUAAAUUAAAUGAACGACAGUUAACAUUUAAGAGUAAACAUUCAUCGGCAUUUAGUGUGCCACAAACGAAAGAGUAUAAUAAUCGACCACUUGAUUUGACACGUGAUGAAUCAACAACAUCGAAGAAUGAUGAAAAUAAUCAUGGUACACAUUUUAUUAUGAAAAAUUUAUCAAAAACUUAUAAUGAUAUUAGAGAUGUUGGAAGAAAAUCACCUGGUGAAAAUGAAGGAAAUUCAAAUGAUGCUGAAGAAGUCAGUGGUUCAUCAAAAAAAGAAAAUUGUGAUGAAGAUGAAAAUAACAAAGGAAAAGAUCUCAGAAAAUUGAUUGGUCUUGAACUGACAAAUUACGCAAGAGAACCGAAAGAAGAACCAAGACAGUCACCAACAAUCAUUGAAUAAAUUAAUAAUAAAUAUAUAAAUAAUAAUAAAUAAAAUAUAGUUGUUUUAUCAUAAAUUUUAUUUGAUUAAUUUUAAAUUAGUUAGUGAGAGAUAAAAAAUUAAUUACAAUAAAAUAAAUUAAGUAAAUGAAAAAUUAUAUGAUGGUGAAUCUGUAUUUGUUGAUUGCAUCAUUAGGUCUUUAUUUAAAUAUUGUAUAUGUGCAAUUUAAUGAAUUAAAGAUUCCAAAAUUAAAAUUUAUCAUCAGCAUAUUUGCAAUUAAAAUAUUAUCAAAUGAAUUAUAAUGCCAGUCAUGAUGAUCAGUGAUAAUCAAUGGUUUUUUUUAUUUUUUAUUAUUUUAAUUUGUUGAAAAUUAUAUCUUAAAUUUUUAUAUAAAUAUAAAUAGAAAAUUAGAAUAAUAAUAAUUUUUUUUCUUAAUUAUUUAUUGUUUUUUUUUUUUUUUUUUUUAAUUACAAAUGUUAUGUGAUAUGACAACUGUAAAUAAUUGUUUAUCGCUUAAUUAUAUAUGUAUAAAAAAUUACGGUGUAUCAAGGUAUUGAUGUAUAAAUUUUAUUCCUAAUAAAAAAAAAUGGUUUAGAUAAAUUUCUAAUUGUUUACUAACAAGAAGUUAUAUUUUUCUUGUAUUUUGAAAGACUCAUAUCGUCGAUUGCAGAAGUUGCAAAGAUAUCAACACCAUCAUUAUUAUUAUUAUUAAGUUUUUUUUUGUGGUAAGGAAAAUACUAAAUCGAAAUUUCUAAGUUUUCUUUUUUUAUAUUUACUUUUUAUUAUUUAUAAGAUACUAUUAUGAAUUAUUUAUUUUUCAUCAGUAUUGUUAGCAAAUAUUUUUUUAGAUAAUCUUCUAUUCUAUAUAGGUAUAUAAAAUUGAAAACCAAAAAUUUUGUCGCGAUUGUUCUCAAAAGCUACUCAACUGAUUAUCUUCAUUUUUUAAAAUAAAUUAGUACAUCACAGAGAAGGUUUCUAUAUGAAAAUUUUCUUAAGUUGAUAAACAAAUGACUUAUUAAUUAUUAUAAAUAAUGUGCAACACCUUGCAGCUUGCAUUAGUAGAAAUAACAUGAGAUAAUUAAAAUUUAUCAUCAUAAAAAUUAUAAAAGCACAGUAACAUGUAAACAUAAUGAUUCAAUGACUAUUGUAAAUGUUUAAAAAAUUAUCAUGACAAGAGUAUAUAUGGAAAAAAAAAUAAAUAAUUAUUGCAUUUAAUAAUUUAUUUAUUUUUUUUAAUUUAUUAUUAUCAUACAUGUUGGAUAAAUUGAAAAUUAAUUAAUUUAAAAAUAAAUUAAUUAACCAUCAUA